AUGACGUCCAAGAAUUCACAAAAUAUAGAUCAAAGCGUUCCAAAUAACCCUGAUUAUCAACCAACUCCUGAGCCAUUCACAUCUCCAGAAAACCCAAAUGGUCCUAAUAACGGCGGAUGUUUACCCCUGGCAGCCCUGGGUGGGAUGUUCAUUGAACUCGAAUUUGGAAGCUGGAAAUUUGCGGGGAAACACGGUACGGAUUGCGAUAUGUAG